AUGGAGAAUCCUGCUUUUCUCAUGUGUUAUCCUUCGAACACUCUGCAAGAGAAUAACCUCAAUUCUCCCGUUCUUCAAACCACCUACGAUUCCGAUCAAUAUCAUGAAAAUCUUACACGGGCACUGUUUACCAUAUUUCAAAAAGAGAAUCAAAGCGAUCAUGUUGUGAGUUUGAAAGUCCAUUCAUGUCAUUGCAAUAAUCAUAUGGGUGUCACGAAUGUUUCAAAGAUAAAUCAGCCACCCACUCACAGUCACAACGAUAAUCCGUUCAUAAAAGCAAGACUUCGCACUCACUCGUCUGCUUUGAAAAAGCAAACGAGAACCGGACCGACCUGGUCGUCAUCAGCAUCUGCCUCUUCUUCUUCAAAUUCUCAAGAGGAACAUGUUUAUGUUUGUGGGGAGCAACACCACUCACCAUCGCAUGAUGUCAUGAUGAUAGAUGAAACCAUUCAAAGUAUUACAGCAAGCAUGAGUUUUGCCUUUUUCAUUACCAACCUUGGAAAGGGAUAUUCGAUUGGAAAAAAUUAUUAUGGACAACAGGGCGUUGGAGAUCAAGAACGAGAUGUUCCAGAGAGCGAUUCACUCUUGAAAGAGGUUGUUUUGGUUGGAAAACAGAGAUAUUCAGAGACCUUACGAAUUAAAAGUGUUUCUUGCUCCUUAUUUCAUUCCAUGUUGGUAACAGAAUCAGGUGAACUGUUUUCUACAGGUUAUGGAGUUUUUGGUCAAUUAGGUCUAGGAAGCAUUCUGGGACACAAGAACUCGUUCACCAAGGUUGAAAUGUGUGUCGAUUCAAAUAACGAGGUGAUUCCUCUUCCAAAAAUUGACAAGGUAUCACUUGGUGCCUAUCAUUCUAUUGUGGUAACACAAGUGAAUAAUGACAAUGACACUUGUAAAUUAUUUUCCUGUGGUUUGAAUAACACUGGAUGUUGUGGUUUGGGUGAUAAUUGGGAUCGAAUGUCUCUUACAUGCAUUUCCUUUUUUGAAACUAUUUCGGAUCGAGUGGUAAAAAUUCAAACAGGUUAUUCACACACAUUGUUUUUAACCGAGUCGGGAAACCUUUAUGGAUGUGGUCAAAACAAUGAGGGUCAGCUUGCUUGUGAUCCAAGGUAUACUUCAUCCCUGAACUUUCCAACUCUCAUUAAUCAAGAUAUUUCUGGUGUUAAGGUUGCUGAUAUGAGUUGUGGGUUCAGUUGCAGUGUCAUUCUGACUCGAGAUCGAAAAGUCUUUGUUUGUGGUUCAAAUCUGCAGGGUGGACUGUAUCUUCCAAGUUUGUCCGAUCGUUUGAGUGUUCUCACCAAUUUACCAUGGUUUGAAAUGUGGACUCACGAAGACAAUAAGUCUCCACUCUCCAUUUUAGAUCGCAACGAUUUCGUGACAAGUGUUCAUUGUGGAAUUAGUCAUAAUCUUUUCGAAACUGCUCAAGGAAAGGUCUAUGUGAAUGGAAGUAACCGAAUGACUCAACUCGGUAGACCUAAAGAAUCUCUCCUAUUCACAUGCAGACCGAUUGAGAUUGAUAUUCCCAAACACCAAUUAACAAGUCAGUACGAGAGAAAAUGGUGUAUUGGCCCAUUCAGCAAUUACACGUUUUGUGUACUGACUCGAAAGGAGAAGGAAUUGCAAUACAUGUUGUUGAAUAUGGAAGAGAUUUUGAAAGGAGAAUACUUUCAAGAUGUAGAUGUAGUGACUCGCAAUGAAGGUUUUUCCAAAGACAUUACGGAGGGCCAUUAUGCAUUAGUGAUCGGUCCUUCAAGUCAUGCUUAA